AUGAAAAGGAGAAGGCCAAGAAGGAUGAUAGUUCCGAUGAUGAAAAGAAGAAGGCCAAGAAAGACAGUUCGGAUGACGAAAAGGAAAAGGCAAAGAAGGACGACAGUUCCGAUGAUGAAAAGGAGAAGGCCAAGAAAGACAGUUCGGAUGACGAAAAGGAAAAGGCAAAGAAGGACGACAGUUCCGAUGAUGAAAAGGAGAAGGCCAAGAAGGAUGAUAGCUCCGAUGAUGAAAAGGAAAAGGCCCCUAAGGAAGAUAGUUCUGAUGAUGAGAAGGAGAAGGCCAAGAAAUGACAGUUCUGAUGAUGAAAAGGAAAAGAAGGCCAAGAAGGAUGAUAGCUCCGAUGAUGAAAAGGAAAAGGCCCCUAAGGAAGAUAGUUCUGAUGAUGAGAAGGAGAAGGCCAAGAAAGACAGCUCCGAUGAUGAGAAGGAAAAAGCCAAGAAAGAUAGCUCAGAUGAGGAAGAGAAGAAGAAGGACUCUGAGGAGGAAGAGAAAGAGAAGCCAAAGGAAGAGGAGGAUCCACCAAUGGUGAAAACAGAUGUGGAGGAUGAAGAAGAAGAGGUCAAAACCGAUGUGGCAUCUGAUGAGGAGAAGGAGGAGGAGGACUUUGACGGUCUGAAGUUCAAGAUGCUCUUCGGCAGCCAGGACCUGGCUGGAACCUCGCAGAACUUCAAGUUGGCUGCGGGUGAUGAACCGGUGACAGCUGGGCGCUACGUGAAAAACUCAGUGGUGCUUGGACCUCUUGGCAUCUCCAACAAGCACUUGUCACUGGAGUUGAUCCCAGCAGUCGAGGAGGAGCCCAAAGAAGCUGAGACGGCGACAAAGACAGCGCCCCGCCUGGGACUUCGAGAUACAUCUUCCAACGGCACCGGCCUGGCCUUGCCCGGGGGAAUCCUGAGAAGAAUCGCCAAGAACGAACUGAUUCCAGUGGAGGAUGGCUCUGUCAUCGUUCUGCCCAUGCGAUUGAGGCGUGGCGAUCCCAACGGCGACAGCAGCCGGGCGUGGUUCUCCAUUCACAUAGGAAAGCAGCCGCUGCCCAAGCAACCACCGGCCAGACCAGAGAUCCUGGAGUCGGAGGGGACUCCGGCUCCUCCCGGCGAGCCAGUGAUUGUGAAGGAAGCCGAUGGAGAUGAUGGAGCAAUGGAAGCGGAGAAGAAAGAGGAAGAGGAAGAGAAGGUGAAGGAGGAUAGCGAGGAAGAGAAGAAGGAAGAGAAGGAGGAGAAGGAGGAGGAGAAGGAGGACGAACCAGAAAAAUCAGAAAAGAAGGACAGCGAUGAUGAAAAAGAGGAGGAGAAGAAGAAAGCCAGUGAUGACAGUGAGAAGGAAGAAGAGAAGAAGGAUAGUGAUAGUGAUGUUGCAAAGCACAAGAAAAAGAAGAAGUCCGCAAAGGACAGUAGCUCCGAUGCGAAAAAGAAGGACAAAGACAGUGAUAAAUCCGACUCUCCUCCAAAGAAGGAGCGAGGGCGAUCCACCAGCAGGAAGCGCAAGCGGCGCGCCGCCAGCGACAGUUCUGCUGAAUCGGGAAAGAAGAAAAGGAAGAAGGCUUCCAAGUCCCGAAGUCGGCGGAAGAAGUCCAAGUCCAAGUCCAAGUCCAACAGUUCGGAUGAGAAGAAAAGGAAAAAGAGCUCCAGCCGCCGAAAGCGGAGCUCCAGUCGCCGCAGGCGGCGCCGCAGCCGUGGGCGAAGACGCAGAAGAAGCAGCAGCUGA